AUCUGAUCCUUUUUUCCGCACAUAUGAAAAAGUAAAAACCGAAUGCGGCGACCGCGAUGAACGUUGACAAGAAACAAUCCGAUCGUGACCAUCCAGAACCCUCUCCACCGUCCAUGGAGAAACCUGCGCCGGCGACGGCACCGGCACCAGAACCGUUACCCUUACGGCAACCACCGAGAGAGUCCACUGCUCCGACGCCGUCCCUGCCGCAGAUGAAACAGCCACCGUCCCUGCCGCAGGUGAAACAGCCGCCGUCUUUGCCGCUGGUGAAACAGCCGCCGUCUCUUCCGCAGAUGAAACAGACGCCGUCAGGAACUGUCACAAUUCCGUCUAUUGAUCCCAAUGUCCUAUUUAGCGGCGGCGGUAUUAGCUUUCUGACUGGAAACAAAAAUGCUAAAUUCAGCUAUGGAUAUGCUACUUUUAAGGGGAAACGAGCCUCCAUGGAGGACUACUAUGAGACAAGCAUAUCAGAAGUUGAUGGUCAAAUGGUGGCAUUUUUUGGUGUUUUUGAUGGUCAUGGUGGUUCAAGAACAGCAGAAUACUUAAAGAACAACCUCUUUAAGAAUUUGAGUAGUCAUCCUGAUUUUAUCAAAGAUACAAAGUCAGCUAUAGUUGAAGCAUUUAAGCAGACUGAUGCAGAUUACCUUAAUGAAGAAAAAGGCCAGCAAAAAGAUGCCGGUUCAACAGCGUCAACUGCUGUUCUUUUAGGUGAUAGAUUGCUUGUUGCAAAUGUGGGAGACUCUAGGGUCGUCGCUUGUAGAGAUGGUUCAGCUAUUCCUUUGUCCAUCGAUCACAAGCCUGACAGAUCUGAUGAGCGUGAAAGGAUUGAACAGGCCGGUGGUUUCAUUAUCUGGGCAGGUACAUGGCGUGUAGGUGGGGUCCUUGCUGUUUCUCGUGCAUUUGGAGAUAAAAUGCUAAAGCCAUAUGUUGUGGCAGACCCAGAGAUUCAGGAAGAAGAAAUUGAUGGUGUAGAUUUUUUGAUAAUUGCGAGUGAUGGACUUUGGAAUGUCCUGUCUAACAAGGAGGCCGUGACCAUUGUGCAGGACAUAAAAGAUGCGGAGGCAGCUUCACGUAGGCUUAUUGAAGAAGCUUAUUCAAGGGGGAGUUCAGAUAACAUCACCUGUGUGGUUGUUCGAUUUGACAGCGCAUGAAUGGACCUUUUAAGAUAAAAGAUCCCGAAGGGAGGAUGUAAGCCAUGUAACUAGCUUAUUUUUCCAACUUUGCCAUUCUUCUGCCGAUCAUUAAGUUAUUCGGGUGGCCAUACCAGUUGAAGUUGUGGUCAUGGGGAUUUCUAUUGAUGGUCUCCGCUUAUGGACUUGUAAAGUGGCCUUCAAUUGUUGUGUGAUGACGAAGUGUAAAUCACACUGGCGUAGUUUUUUCUUCUCUAUUUACAUAUUAUGAUAGGCAUUCUCUAUUUCACUUGGGCCUACCCAGAAUUCGUAGUCCAGUAUUUGCUGAUAUUGUAUUCUUCUAAGUAAUAUUUACAGUAGAAAACAGAAUCAGAUAUUGUCUUC